GAGCCGGCGCGCAGGCGCGUUUCAGCCCUCCUGGCGCUUCUUUUCUCCUCAGAGCUGCUGUGAGAAAUGUCUCAGAGGAAGCGCAGUAGAGGGUCGGGUUUGUCUCAGGGGGGUGAUGGGGAUGAGGAUUUUAACCAGAGCCAGAUGCCAACGCACAGCCAGGUGCAGAGGAACCUGGAGAGGCGCUCCCAGGAUCAAGUGAAUCAGAAGGUGAGCGAGCUGGUUCAGUUCUUGCUUGUGAAAGACCAGAAAAAAAUCCCCAUCAAGAGAGCAGAUAUGCUGAAGAAAGUCAUCCGGGAAUACAAAGAUGUCUACUCAGAGAUUGUCAACCGGGCAGGGAAGAUCCUGCAGCAGGUAUUUGGGUUGCAGCUGGUGGAGAUUGACACCAAACACCAUAUGUACAUCCUCACCAGCGACCUGCCCCGCGCCGAGGGGGAGCACCUGCACCGGGACAACCAGACAGCAAAGCUAGGGCUCCUCCUCAUCAUUCUCAGCUUCAUAUUCAUGAAAGGCAACACAGCCAAAGAUGGUGCUGUCUGGGAAUUUCUCCGCCGGCUCCGGGUGCAACCAGGGGAACGACACGAGGUCUUCGGUGAUGUCAAGAAAUUGGUGACAGAGGAGUUUGUUCGGCAGAAGUAUUUAGAGAUCACCCCCAUCCCCCUGACAGACCCCCCAGAAUUCAGUUACCAGUGGGGGCCGCGGGCGGCCAAGGAGACCUCCAAAAGGGACGUGCUGCGCUUCGUGGCAAAGAUCCAAGGGAAGGAUCCCACGUUUUGGAUGAGCCAGUACAACGAGGCCGAGGCCACCCCCUGACACCCCCAAACCCUGGCAUUCCCCCCCCCCAAAAUAAAGGUGUCCUUUUGGGGUGCAGCCCUGCAA